AUCCAUCACACUGUUUUGUCCUCACCUCCACCUCCACCUCCACCUCGUCCAUCUCGCUCGUCUUCCUCCUCCCCUCGCUCCAUAAAAUCCGAUCGACAGCUCCUGACCGCUCCUCACUCCCCACUCUGGCUGUUUCUCGCGCCUCGCGCGCCCACCCACCCACCUUCACGCGUAGCUGGGAGUACUCAUAAAGCCCCCGUCACCACCACCACACACACACGCGCGCGAGAUAGAUCGACGUCGUCUUACAAUCGCACAGACUCGUCAUCUCUUCUUGUUCGUUCGAAAGACUGGAUCUUUCCACAGUUCCUGUUCGGAGAGCCGCCGGAUCUUUUCGAGGAGGCUUCGAUCUGCUCUCCGCCAACGUGUCGGUGACUUGCACCUUAUCUGAAGAUGUCUUUUCGGAGCAUGGUUCGUGAUAUAAGGGAAAGUUUUGGGAAUAUAUCGAGGCGGAACUUUGAGGUGAGAAUUCACCACAGAGGGAAGUCUCUUGGAUCUUCAAGUGACUUGCAAGACAAGCCUGCUGAAAUUCAGCAAAGCAGGUGGGCUAGCCUUCCUCCUGAGUUACUCCGCGAUGUGAUGAAAAGAUUGGAGGAAGAUGACAGUAGCUGGCCGGAUCGCAAGGAUGUUGUUUGUUGUGCCUCUGUUUGUACAACCUGGAGGGAUAUGUGUAAGGAUAUAGUGAGAAGUCCAGAACAUUGUGCAAAGCUCACAUUUCCAAUAUCUCUUAAACAGCCUGGACCCCGAGACGGAGUAAUCCAAUGUUUCAUAAAAAGGGAUAAAUCAAAACUAACAUACCGGCUCUACUUGUCCCUUAGCUCUGCUGUGCUUGAUGAGAAUGGAAAGUUCCUAUUAGCAGCGAAAAGGAGCCGCAGGAUGGCGCACACGGAGUAUGCUAUUUUUAUGGGUUCAAGGAAUUUCUCCCGAUCGAGUACUGGCUACAUUGGGAAAUUAAGGUCAAAUUUCCUUGGAACUAAAUUUAUCAUCUAUGACACACAGCCUCCGUACAAUGCUGGGAAACUUUGCGCACAGGAACGUGCCCCCAGCCGUCGGUUGUCUUCCAGGAAAGUUUCACCAAGAGUUCCAACAGGCAGCUACCCCAUUGCUCAGGUAAACUACGAGCUGAAUGUGCUCGGAACCCGGGGGCCAAGGCGGAUGCAGUGUGCUAUGCAUUCCAUCCCCGCGUCAGCAGUUGAGCCUGGCGGUGUCGUGCCUGGCCAAUCGAAAGAGCUCCUCCCAAGGCUAUUCGAUGAGUCCUUCAGCAGCACAGCAACUUCUUUCUCCAAGUACUCUGUCGUGGACAGCUCCAUGGACCUGAGCAGCUGCCGAUUCUCCGAGCUCAGUGGAGGGGCUCUGCAAGAAGGCAGCGACGACUCAGAGAAGGAGAGGCCUCUGGUUCUGCGCAACAAGGCGCCAAGGUGGCACGAGCAGCUGCAGUGCUGGUGCCUCAACUUCCGCGGGCGUGUCACUGUGGCCUCGGUCAAGAACUUCCAGCUGAUAUCUUCCGUGCCACAGCCAGCUCCCGUGGGGGUUUCUUCUGCUCCACCGCUGGCGGUAACACCUCCUACACAGACACAGCCACAAGCCUCCGGUCCGUCUUCAGCGUCGUCCAGCCAUGUCCAUGACCCAGUGAUCCUGCAGUUCGGCAAGGUCGGGAGGGACAUGUUCACCAUGGACUACCGGUACCCGCUGUCGGCCUUCCAGGCCUUUGCCAUAUGUCUGACGAGCUUCGACACCAAGCUGGCCUGUGAAUGAAUAGAUGGGACGAGUAGUGUAUCGUAGCAGGGCAGCAGCGCUGAGAGUCUUGAGCGAUCGUUUUAUGUGUUUAAGUGAUAAGCAGAGGCAUUCUGAGCCUUUGCAUGUAAAUAAUUUACAGUAGCUGUUGAUUCAAGUAUUGUUUCGUGAGAUGUUGCUUCAGAAACCUGAAAGUGGAUAGCAACGCAAUUUUUUUUUUUUUUGGGGUGGGGGGGGGGGGGGGGGUCGGGAUCAGGGAAGCAAUCUGAGACAAGUCUGAACUUACUUUUGUUGGUAAGUUGCUGACUCUGUAUGUGCUACUCUAUUCUCCCUGUGUAAAGAAAAAUGCAUAUCUUGUUUUCCAAUGA